AUGGAUCCGAAUCCGAAUCCGAAUCCGGUGGAUAACCGACGGCGGCCGGGAUACGAGUACCGCCAUCAGAUCGAGAUCGACGAGGGCCGCGUAAAUACGAACCGGAGAAUCUCCCUCGAAGGGCGCUGCGCGUUCGAAUUCCAGACCCGAACCAAUUUCAUCCUAAAACCAAGAGACUCCGGCGCCGGCGAGAUCACUCUGUGCUCCGAGACUAUCUCCGAACGCCUCUUCGGUUAUGAAUUCGAUUACGAGCUCUUCCCUCACUCACAAUACCGGCUGAGGGAGUACUGGAUGCCGGAGGCCCAGAUCCAGGAACUGAUCCGCGAGGCGACUGACCUGUGCAGAUCCACGUUGCUAUCGACGGCGGACAGGGGUCCACGUGUCAUCCCCGUGACCUUGAGGAUUGUGGUCUGCACGGUGCAGCAGGACGGCGAGGAAUUGGGCGCUACCAUGGAUCGGGCGAUUAGGGUUGAGAAUCUGGUGCCGGACCCGGUUGAUGUCAAUUGGGCGCUGGGGGUUUUCGUGAUGGAACAUAUGGCGAGGUCCAGAUUGGAGGAUGUUGAGUUGGGCUUCGGCUUGAUGAGGAGCUGCCCAAUAUGCGAGCGGGCCCCUACAUUGGGAGCCCAGUUAUCGACUAUUGCAUGUGGCCACACGUUUCAUUCCCAUUGCAUUGUUCGGUCUUUGCGUAAUAAGAACUCGUGCCCGGUGUGCAAUGUGCCCGUCUAUGAUGAAAAUCCAGAAUAA